ACCCUCCUUCCGCCCUUUCUCAAGGAUUAAAUUGCGCACUGUUCUGGCAAGACUGCUCGUAAUCCUUUUAUUUGGGUACAAAGUCGGAUAACUUGGCACGUGAGGAACGACAAAAUGCUCGCCAUAGUCCGCAAACAACUUAGAAACCACCCAGCUCUGAUCCCCCUUUUCAUCUUCAUUGGUGGAGGAGCAGCCAUGUCUCUGUUGUACCUCGCCCGUCUGGGCUUGAGAAACCCUGAUGUCUGCUGGGAUCGCAAGAAUAAUCCAGAGCCCUGGAACAAACUUGGCCCAAAUGAUCAGUACAAGUUUUUCACAGUCAACAUGGACUACAGCAAGCUGAAGAAGGACCGUCCUGAUUUCUAAACAACAGCUGGACCACAAGCACAAAGAUCGGCAGAUCUGCACAAACUGGCCCAUUGUGAACGUUCCUCUGGAAAGCUUAAUGAUGCAGAGGCUUAACCCGCACAGAUGUUACAUAUUUAAGUUUCCUCAUUGCAUCCUAUUGGCUUUUUGAAAUUGAUUUACUCGCUGUCUCAUCAAUAAAGUACAGGAGUCUUUUCUCCUCUAUACAGAGAAAAUAAUUUGUUUUUAUUUUUUCAUGUUCUGUUGCCUGCUAUAUGCUUGUCCUGUCUUAAUUUGCAUCAUCACUUUCCAGCGUCUAAUAUGCAUACAUAUUGCAUCACUUUUCAGACCAAUGUCCACAACUUCUUUACAUUUGUCAUGUUCUGCUGCUGCUAUACCUGCUUUGCAUUCACCUAAUUUUAGCUUUGUCCUGCUUUAACCUGAUUAACAGUAAAUUAUGUACCACACUACUU